CUUCAACAUUCUCUAACACAUGGCAAAUUUUUCUCCCACACUAUUUGUCAGUGUUAGAAGCCCUUGUGACCAUGAGGUCACGGGUUCAAGUCCUGAAAACGGUCUCUUACAGAAAUAUCACAUGGCACAUAAUCACAUGUCAACUCUUUUACAAUUUUGUGGCAACAUUGCUCAAUCUCACAUGGCAACAUUACUCAAAAACACAUGGUAAUCUAGCUCAUGACCCUAUAUUCAUGUGUUUAUUGCUUUCCCGGGAAGCAAGCGAAAGGGUAAAGAGGAGAUUGGUCGCAAUCUACAACACAUUCCCAUGACAAACUUCAUCCAUAACCACAUCCCCAUAAACAAGGGACCCGUAAACUAGUACUCCCUCUAUAAUAAACUAACGUUGGUGAUUUAAACGUUUUUAUAUUAGUUUAUGGAGGAGUAGUAUUCUUUUUUUUCUUUGAGGAACGAUACUAAAGUGGUUAUGGAUAACAAAUCCGUCUAUUUAAUACGAGAACCUCGAGGGCUUAGCACACGCAGUGAGCCAGCGACACAUACACGGCGCGCGCGACACGCUGUGGAGAGACAGAGAGAUGAUGCGCGGCGACGCUCUCCUCCGGCAGGAGCCAUGGUUCAUCUCCCUGGCCACCCUCGGCGCUCUGUACUCAGCAGCCGUGGCGCUCCGCCUCCUUUCACACCUUGCCCUCCUCCUGCGCCGGCCGACGGACCUCCGCCGCCGCUACGGGGCAUGGGCAGUCGUGACCGGUCCGACGUCCGGCAUCGGCGAGUCCUUGGCACUGGAGCUCGCGCGCAGGGGCCUCAACCUCGUCCUCGUCGGCCGCGACCCUGCCAAGCUCCAGGACAUCUCCGAGACCAUCUCCAAGACCCGCGCCGUGCAGACCAAGACCGUGGUGUUCGACCUCUCGCUCGUCGCCAGACCUGAAGGGGACGAGGCGAUGCGGCGGCUCCGGGAGGAGGUGGAGGGGCUGGACGUGGGGCUGCUGGUGAACAACGCCGGGGUGGCCAAGCCAUGCGCGGUGUACCUGCACGAGAUGGACGUGGAGGCGUGGGUGCGGAUGAUACGGGUGAACCUGUGGGCGCUGACGGAGGUGACCGCGGCGGUGCUGCCGGGGAUGGUGCAGCGGGGCAGGGGCGCCGUCGUCAACAUCGGCUCCGGGUCGUCGGAGGCCAUCCCCUCCUUCCCACUCUACUCCGUCUACGCCGCUUCCAAACGGUACGUUGCGCAGUUCUCCAGGAGCCUUUACGUUGAGUACAGAAGCAAAGGGAUCGACGUGCAAUGCCAGGCCCCGCUGUUCGUGGAGACGAAGAUGACGUCGAGAGCCGCGAAACGCGGCAAGCGAGGCCCGUUGUCGCGGCUGGUCAUGCCGACGUCGGACGCGUACGCGCGGGCGGCGGCGCGCUGGAUCGGGCACGGCCCGCUCUGCAUGCCCAACCUGGGCCACCGGCUCCAGUGGUACCUCUGCCUCGUCGCGCCGGACCGGCUACUCGACGCGCUGCGCCUGCGCGAGAACCUGAGGCAGAGGGCCGUCUUACAGCGGCUCAGGUCGCCGAGGGCGCCGCCGCACGCCAACGGCGGCAAGCAGAGCUAGGCUUGGCCCCGAGCGCGUGCAUACGGCGUGGCCGAAAGAACCAGCUAUGACAUGAUAUUUAUUUUUAUAUAGGAAGCUAUGAUAUUUUUAUAUAGGAACCAGCUAUGUAUUAUCUGUAUCUCUGAACCGCGGUUUGGUUCAAAUCUCGCCGUCGGUGCAUACGCGUGACGGGUGCUACAUGUAUAUCUUCGUCAAGGACCAAGCUCAAAAUGAGAAAAGAAAGGGGCUGUUUGGUUGCUGCCUAUUCGCCUCGCCAAAUCGCAGACCGGCCAAAAAAUUGCGACCGAUUCGUGCGCCCUAGUUUUACGAGAGCAACUAGUUGGCGAGCGCUUCUUCGGGAGCCUCACA